AUGCACGGCAAGGUCAUUCUCGAGGAGGCUUUCGACCUCCCCCGCUUCUCUGAGAAGGCCCGGUGGUGGGCCGGUCUCUUCAGCCCCCAGCCAGAUCGCCACCUACAGGAGAUUAUGGACCUCACAGACAUCCGCAUCAAGCAGGCCGACAAGCAUGGAGUCGGGUACACAAUCCUUUCCUAUACCGCCCCCGGUGUCCAAGACGUCAGCGAUCCUAAGGAGGCCCAAGCCCUGGCUGUCGAGAUCAAUGACUACGUGGCCGGGCAAAUUAAAGGACACGAGGACCGUCUGGGUGCAUUCACGACUCUCUCAAUGCAUGACCCCAAGGAGGCAGCUGCUGAGCUUCGCCGCUGUGUCACCCAGUAUGGCUUCAAGGGCGCGCUGGUAAACGACACCCAACGCGCGGGAAAGGACGGGGACGACAUGAUCUUCUACGACAAGCCCGAGUGGGACGUCUUCUGGCAGACCUGUACCGAGCUCGACGUCCCCUUUUAUCUCCACCCUCGCAACCCGACAGGGAGCGUCUAUGAGAAACUCUGGAAAGACCGCCAAUGGCUCGUCGGUCCACCUCUAUCGUUUGCGCACGGGGUGUCUUUACACGUCCUGGGCAUGGUGACGAACGGGGUUUUCGACCGCCAUCCGAAGCUGCAAAUCAUCUUGGGGCAUCUCGGGGAGCACAUCCCCUUCGACCUGUGGAGAAUCAACCAUUGGUUUGAGGAUGUCAAGAAGCCGCUGGGGCUGGACUGCAAAAGGACGAUUCGAGAAUACUUCAACGAAAAUAUCUGGAUCACCACGAGCGGCCACUUUUCUUCCACCACGCUCAAUUUCUGCAUGAACGAGGUCGGGUCGGACAGGAUUUUGUUUUCGGUGGACUAUCCUUUCGAGAAGUUCGAGCCGGCUUGUACCUGGUUUGAUAAUGCUGAGAUGAGCAUUGCGGACAGGUCCAAAAUCGGCAGGGAGAAUGCGAAGCGGUUGUUUAGACUGGAGGCAUACAAGGAUAGCGAUGCUAAGGUCAACUGA